AUGCCAUCGACAACAACACGCACGCGGCAGCCCCUUUCGGAUGCCGAGAAACGAGCGAUUGACGAUCUGCGCACUGUGGUGCCUUCUCUGGAGGGCAUUACGGAUGGAUAUAUCACCAGAUGGCUGAGAUCCCGUGACGGACGAUUUGAUGAAACGGCUGAUGCACUCAGAAAACAUGUUGUGUUUCGGAAAGCGUGGCAUUUGGAUGAGAUCGAGCAAUGGAACGCACCUGAGAUAUUGGAAAAAUAUUGUGGCUAUGGAUUUCUAUCAGAUAAAGAUGGUUUUCCCAUUCUCAUGUCUUUGCUGGGAAAUAUGGACGUUGAAGGAAUGUUAAGGUCGGUGCAAUCAAGCGAUUAUAUCAAAUAUUCAUUAGCUGCAAUCGAAAGAGGCAUGAAAUUAUGUGAUGAGAAAUGCAAAGAGACCGGUCAUCCAUUCGAGCAGAUGAUGCUCGUAUUUGAUUUGGAUCAUAUCAGCAGUGCACAUUAUUCAAGUAAACAGUUCGCCUCAUCAUUUACCACACUGAUCAUGCUCUUUCAAGAACACUACCCGCUAGUGCUAAAAAAAAUCCUAAUUAUAAGAGCACCCGAAAUGGCACGAGUCGCCUUCAACACGAUGACAUCCUUCCUCUCUGAUAAAAUCCAGGAACUGAUUGAAAUGCCCUCAGUGGACGAAUGGAAAACUGCCUUAGCACAGUAUGUGGAACUGGAUUCGUGGCCAGUGCACUGGGGUGGUAAAUUGUGUGAUGAGAACGGCGAUCCGAAAUGUCCGUCAAAAAUCCGUUACGGUCUUGGACCUAUUCCGGAUUCGUAUUUUGUGCAUGCUGAUACAGCAAUGCCUGAUUACGAUCAACUGACAACGAUUUACGCGGGUGAAAAACAUCUUAUUGAAAUGAAUGUUGAAGCGAACACACGAAUAAGUUGGCAGUAUAUGACUUCUGAUGAGGACAUCGGUUUCGCAAUCCGAUACGAUAAAACAGGUCAUGCAAAUAAUCUGAUUGAAAUGGAUACGGUAUUCCCUUACAUUCGUCUUGAAUGCUCACAAGUUCCUUCUACUGGAUCAAUUGUUUGUGAAAAUGCUGGAAGAUACAUAAUCGAAUUUGACAACUAUUAUUCGUGGUUUUCUGCGAAACAACUACGUUAUAACAUCGAAAUCGACCAACUGUGA